AUGCAGUUUUCAAUUUUUCAACUAUUUCUGUUUGUGCUCCUUGUUUAUGCUCAGCACAUACCACUUUCUGGAAAUCAAAACUCACCUCAAGUACCAUAUAAUUGGCUAACAUUGGCAUUCGUGGGUUCCAAUGAUUACUUACCACGUCCUCAUUACCAUUCCUCCGAUCGAGACCAUUUCAAAGAACUAUGUCGUCGAUUGGAUGGAUUGAAUCCAAAUCAACAGGCAAUGUGUGCUGAGAACCCAUUCUCUAUUCCAUUUGUGGCUAGAGGAGUUCGGGAAGCGAUUCGAGAAUGUGAGAAUAAAUUCAAGUUUGAGAGAUGGAAUUGUUCUUCUCGAGAUGAGGUUACAGAGACUCGACACGGAAAAUUUCAGGAUAUUCUGGGUAAAACUUUGAGAUCAUCCAACAAAGAAGCUGCAUUUCUAAGUGCCAUAAUGGCGGCGAGUAUCGUUCAUUCGAUCACAAAAGGAUGUAAUACUGGAAAUCUAACCGAAUGUGGAUGCGACAGCAAACCAGGAAUGCAGAGAUAUCAAGCAGAUUCAGAUUCUGCAAUGAGUCGUGAUCAGUUUUCAUGGGGCGGAUGCUCGGAUAAUGUCCCAUAUGGAAUACGGUAUGCCAGACGAUUCCUGGAUGAAUGGGAGGUACAACAGUUCGAAGAAACCAAAAAUGUUGCUCAUCUCGUUCGAAGACACAAUAAUUUUGUGGGAAGAGAGGCGAUCGCUCAAAACAUUCGUCGCCAAUGUCGCUGUCAUGGAGUAUCCGGCUCGUGCGAGUUCAAAACGUGUUGGCUCCAGAUGCAAAAGUUCUCACAAGUGUCCGAUUUGCUCAAAAAGCGAUACGAUCAUUUCGCAGUCCAGGUCGAGCUCGAAGAUGUGACAAGAAAAGCAACGAAGAGAUUGAGGAGAAAAGAGAGAACGGAGAGGAAAAUUCCAUUAAGAGGAAACGAAAUGGCUUACGUUCACAGAUCUCCUUCUUACUGCGAAAGGAAUUUGACAGCAGGAAUAUUGGGAACUUCUGGACGCGAAUGUAUACAUAAUUCAUACAGCUCCGAGAGUUGUGACCUACUUUGCUGUGGACGAGGAUACAACACAAGACUGGAAAUCCGUCAAACACAAUGCGAGUGUAAAUUCGUAUGGUGUUGCGAAGUGAAAUGCAAGACAUGCACAGAAGAAGUCGCAGUUCACACAUGCAAAUAG